GAGCAUCAUUCACCAGUCGUCAUCCGAAUUGUCGUGUCAAGCGAAAUGUCUGCGUCUCCAGAGAAGAAGGCAAUCGAAACGAUGGAAAGCAAUGUCGACGUUUCACCAAGCGCGGAACGAGAAGCAGCCGAUGGUCUCGCUGAGACAAAAGCAGUUGAAGAAAAGGCGGAACACGUUGCAAACGUGACAGACAACGUCCAGCUAUCGGUGAACGAGGCGCACGCGACGGAUGAGCCAGCACCGGACGAGAACGUGGAGAAAAAAACCAUGUGUGCUAGCGACAGCUCCGAAAUGCUCGUGCAAGAAGCCGUCGAAAUAGAAAAGUCAACAGCGGAAAUGUGCAUCGACGAGAAGCAUGCAUCAGACGAAAGUCCUCAGGCAACUGAUGAAACAGCCACUGAACAAGAGAAUGCAGUACCAAAGCUUACAAACGAAGGCAGAGCAGAAACGCAAGAGAAACCAGCUGCAGCGGCUGUGGCCUCAAACGAGAGCGCCUCCUCUGUGCAAACGAAUGACGACCACAUCGAGGUAUCUUCCAACUCAGAACUAGUGAGAGAAUGCUUGAAAGACGCUCUACAAAACGUCGUUUCGGUACAAAGUCAAGCGGAAGGGACAAAACCGCAAGAGACUCGACCACAAGCGAAGCCCGCCAGUGAAGACCCCGCACAGCAGCCGUCGGCUGAGCAACCGAUUGCUGUUGAACGUUGAAGGAACCGAUUCCGAAGACAAACGAAAGCCAUAUGUUUAGGAAAAACAAUAGCGCGCGCUACAUGGUGUUUCGACUAACAUAAUAAAUUAGAGUUGUACCGUUCAGUGCAUGGAGGUGAUCUCCAAAUUGUGUUAUAAAUUGAUGAUUGAAUUGAUGCAAACCGUGUAGACAUAAGUGUCAUCUAUACAUAAGUGUCAUCUAUACAUCUCGUAUAGUUGAUGGUCUGAAUUCUAGAUGCAUAAAUGUGUUCUAUAACCAGCUUGUUAAUUGUCG